AUGACCGGAUCGCCGUUACACUGCGGUGUGGGCCGCUGGGCCAGUGGGCGGAGAGUUCAAGAGAUGCCGGACUCUCAUUACACGCAGGGGUCAGCGGGGGUUAAGUGCGUCAAUGAUCGACUGAAAGCAAAGCAAACUGUUAAUCUGCCGGGGGGCAUAGGUCAACCUGCUGGGGUCAACCGUUGCCAUGGUGACCGCUGGCCAAGGACCGGCCGGUGGUUGCAGGAGCGGGGACGGGGAGAGGGGGACCUGAAGAACAACAUGAUCAGCACAAUCCAGGCUGGAGCCUUUCACGGUCUCUCCGCCUUGAGGCGCCUGGACCUGUCGAAUAAUAGAAUCGGAUGCCUGAACCCUGAAAUCUUCCAGAGUCUGACGAGCUUGACCAGGCUGAAUCUGUCGGGAAACAUCUUCUCCACACUCAACCCUGACCUCUUGGAUGGACUGUCAUCCCUCAAAGUGAUUGACUUCAACACGGAGCUGCUGGUGUGUGACUGUAAUCUGCUGUGGGCGCUGACGUGGGAGAGGAGUCGCUCGGUGAGGAUCUCUGAGGACACGGUGUGUGCGUACCCUAGUGCCCUGCGCGGGACCCCCUUCAGGGAGCUGCAGGAGAGCCAGCUGGUGUGCGAUGGGCCGCUGGAGCUGCCGUUCCUGCAGCUGAUCCCGGUGAUGAGGCAGGUGGUCUUCCAGGGAGACCGGCUCUCCCUUCCUCUGCACCGCCCCUACCUGGACAACAGCACACGCGUGUUUGAGCUGAUCCUGUCCAACAUCUACCUGCUGGCCAGUGGGGAGUGGGAGUGCGUCAUCGCCACGGCCCGGGGCAACGCCUCGCUCAAGGUGGACAUCGUGGUCAUCGACACGUCCGCUACCUACUGCCCUGCCCAGCGGGUGGCCAACAACAGAGGGGAGUUCAGGUCAGUCCGUCCCCUGGCCUGGACGCAGUGA